UUGUUUGUUUCACAUGAUUAACAAGAAUCUUGCGUUACGGUACAGAGGUCUUUCUCUCUUUAUUCCCUAAUCUCCUUCGUGUUCGAUGCAAAACUGAAGAAACAGCCUAACUGAGUCUCGAUUUCUGCGAUCUGUGUUUUUUAUCUGGUUGAGGAAAAGGAAAAUUUUGGUUUCUUUUUUUGUUGAAUCGAAGAAGAUAGAGAGACAGAGAGAGGAUAUGGUGGGAUGAGGUUGAACAGGGAGGGAAGGUGGAGAUGGCGAGGGGAGUCAAAUGGUUAUGCUCGUACAAGAGAACCACUCUUAUAGUUUGCUCCAUCAACAUUGUUGUUGCUCUUUAUGUUCUUCGCUCUCUAUAUGGCUCACUCUAUAUUUACUCCAAUCGUGAUUUAAAUAACGUUGUAAAGUACACACCGGAUCAGAUUAGUAGGAUGGAGGAAUCAAUUCGGAUACGAAAAGCCAAUGAACCUCUACAGCUUGUUAAAUUGGUGAAGCAAGUUAAGGAGGAGCUGAAGAGAGAUGAAAAGGCGGUUGAAUUGCCAAUGGAGGUCAGGCGGAAGAUAACUGAUGAGGUUUUGCAGCGGUUGAGAAGCUUGAACACGAAUGCCAAUAUCACGGAGCAGCGAGAAGCUAUUGAAAGCUGGCGCAAAGAAAAACUGCAUGAAUUCAAAGAGUUAAGCCAUGGAACAGGGGGAUUGAAUUCAACUAUUCUGCAAGAAGAAACCAGGAUGCUAAUAAAAGCCUUGGACUCUGAUUGGGCUGUGCUUUCGGAAAAUAUUGGCCUUUGGAUACCUGCUGAAAUCAUUAACCAGGUGCAUGAUGAUAAGCCUGAGGGUGAAGAAGAGUCUGAGGAAGAAAUUUUGCCUGGCAGGCCAGUUCCACCUGAAUGCCAUGCUGAACUUCAUACUGAUUAUGAUGGUGCAGCUGUCAGAUGGGGCCUUACCCACCAUAAAGAAAGUGCAGCGGACUGCUGUCAAGCUUGCUUAGAUCAGGCAAAACUUGCUAAGCCAGGUGAAAAGAAAUGUAACAUAUGGGUCUAUUGCCCGUCUGAAACAGGAUGUCACUCACCAGAUAUCUAUCAACAUAAGAAUGAAGAGUGCUGGCUGAAAUAUGCUGAAAAGCCAAGAUUGAAUUUUAAGGACAGGUAUUCUGAAUCAUAUAGAAACUUACACCCGAAUGCACCAUUGAUUGUUCCCUGGGUAUCUGGUGUUGUUAGCACAUGAUUGGAUUUUACCAACCCAAAUGGUGAUCAAUGUUAAAAUUAUAUUGAGCUUCAAUCUCUACCUCUGGAAGUUUUGCAAAGAUAUGAUGCUGGCUGUGCUGAUAUCUUGAUUAUGCCUUGCCUGCAUCUGGGACUGACAGAUUUGGACUUUCAUUCAUCUUUUCUUUUCCUUUGUUAGUCUGGGUUUUGGGGAAAGAAAAUAGUUGAGGAGUGUGUUUCCUCAUCUAUUUAUCAGAAUCAUUUUUGUAACAUGCAGUGUUGCAGUCUUGGCACUGUUGAUUCUAAGGUUGGGAAAUCUAGUGCCUAGGUAAAUUGGCCUAUUUACAGAUAACAUGAAGAACUCUCAUUUUGGUUUAGCCUGAGGAGAUUGAUUGGUCAUAGGAGGGAUGAGAAAAUUGAUUUGUUGUAAUGGAUUGCAAAAUCGUAAGAAAGGAAGAAUUGCCUAUUGCUAA